AAACGACGAUCCUACAAACAACGCCUUGUUAUAAUGAAGCAAAGGAAUGAUAGAAGUGACACUGCUAGUACUUCACCACAAAUUAAAGUAGAAAGACUUUCUCCAAGACUCGAAACAGAUCAAUUGUUAAUAAUUCCGGAACCAAGAUAUGUUCGCGAUUGGCUUUCUUCGUUACCAACCACGAAUAUAUCAAGAACUGGCUCAGGUUCGACGACUAUUGCUAAUAUUCAAGAACUUUAUGCUGAUUCUCAAAACGAUUCUGACGAUAAAAAUUCAGAGAACAAAGAGUGUAUUGAUAAUCAAGAACUAAAUGUCAUUGUAACGAGUCAAAUUUUUGAACAAAAGAAUUAUUUUAUUUCUAAAAAUGUCGUCGUAAAAGAAGAACCGAUUGAUAAAGGAUUAAAUCAAAUAUCGAAACGACGCACCACAGUGAAAAAAUCAAGCCAUUCACAGCAUGUUAAAAGUCAAGGGAAAAGUGAGAAUGGAAACGAGAAAGAAGAAGUUGAAUGUACAGAGGAGAUCUUACAGAAAGUUAGAGAACAGUUUGAGAGUCUCCUCGAAGAGUUUGAUCGGAAGGCACUUGAAGCAUAUGAUGCAUAUAUGGAUCUUAAUUCUAUGCUAUCACCAGAUAUGGAGAUUAUUAUAGAUCUUCCUAAACAUGUCAAUAAACAUGUUGUUCGUCAAUUGAUGGGAUUCAUUGACAAUGAUCAUAGGAAUACGAAAGCCCACGUUGCACUUUAUUACUAUUUGCGUAUUUUCAACUUUCUUUCUACACAUCCACCACUCCGAAAAAUGAUGGCUCACAAGUCUCCUGCCCCUUCGCCACCUACUUUUCUCAACGGUGACCAUGAACAUGAGCCACUCGUUUUUUCACCACCUCUCGUCUCUAAUGUAAAAGGAUAUAACGAAUCAGCUAUAGAUCCUGUAUUCUUCACGGAUCCUGCCAUGGUUAAACCAUCCGGUAUAAAUACUUUUAUUCCGCAAAGCCUCCCUUUCUCCGUGAAUUAUAAUUAUCAACAAGCCGGAAUUCCUCCACGUGCAGAAAAUUUUACACCUAUGCCGUUAUCACAUGAUUAUUCGCCUAUGACCGAUCAAUUUCAUUUUUCAACUCAAUCAUUAAGGUCUAAACAAAUGCGUUAUAAUCCUCCACGAGUAAUGCAUUCUCCAUUACCACAAUCUUCAAUGAUAACUGUUUAUAGCUCAAAAGUUGCGUCGACUACACCUCUGAGAAAGUAUAAAUGCGACUACUGUCAAAAAUUGUUCACUCGACCCAGUCAAUUGAAAACUCACACGUACACUCACACUGGUGAAAAACCUUUUAAAUGCAGUUUUGAAGGAUGUGGUCGGUGUUUCUCAGUCAUUAGCAAUCUUCAUCGGCAUGAAAAAAUUCAUGAAAAGCAUGUGAUUCAGCCUAGAAAAUAA